GCUGCGCUUUGGCUCCGCAGUUGCAUCGAAACGCAACCGGCUGAGGCUGUCUGUCUGGAGCCGUAAUGACGCCAUGGCAACCACUCGAUCACGUGACGCAAACCCUUCUUUUAAAACGCAUUUUUAAAUCAGAAUUUAGACGCGUCUAUUGACGCCACCGAGCAUCGUGUUUUAUUACGUUUCACACAAGCAAUUGCAAACUGUUAUUGAUGUUCAGAUUUCCAGAGAAAGUGUUUCUUAGCGACCCAGGAACCGUUUGUUUUCGGUGAAGCAAAAAAUAAAAAAAAGAUUGCAAUUUCUUGGGACAUUUGAAAAUAUAUGUAAACUGAUACAUAGUCUGUUAAGUAUUGUACAGCUAGUGAUCGACUGAAUUAAAAUGACAAUGAUUCUUACAGUGAAGCCGCUGCAAGGGAAGGAAUGCUGUUUACAGGUCUGUGAGGAUGAGAAGGUCUCCACAGUCAAGAGUCUGGUCUCUGACAGGCUCAACAUACCUGUCAAUCAACAGAGACUCCUGUACAAAGGCAAGGCGCUGGCAGAUGAGCACAGACUGUCACACUACUCCAUCGGUCCCGAUUCCAAGCUGAACCUCGUUGUGAAGCCCCCAGCAGAGAAACAAGAGCAGCACUCCCUGUCUCACCCCUCGCCUCACCCCGGGUCAGUGUGGCACAGCCUGCCUGCUGUUCUGAACAAACACUUCACCCCUGCCGACGCAGUGAGAGUGCUGGAGCAGCUACACAAGGAUUACGAGCGGAGCCUGCGCUUGUUGAGCCUGGAUGAUUUGGAGCGGCUGGCGACCCGCAUGCUUCACCCUGAGGCUGUGGAGUGCAUGGAGCUGUCCUUCCUGGACUGAGGAAUACUGCUGCUGCCCUCUCCACCUCUCCCCUCUCCCCUCCUCUCCACCCUCUCCCUUCUCCACCCUCUCCCCUCUCCCCUAAACCCUCUCCCCUCCAUCCUCUCACUCUCCCCUCCCCCCUCUCCCCUCUCCUCCCCACCCUCUCCCCCCCCUCUCCCUUCUCCCCUCUCCCCUCUCCCCUCUCCACCCUCUCUGUGUGUAAAAGAAUAGAAGCACGCCACUGGCAUUUAAACAAUAAAAUCUCUGGACAUUCCUGUAUUACCAGCACCACACCCACUGAGCAAGACAUUGAGCAGCCCCAGAUCCUAACCAUGCUCCAGUCCAGGGUUUACCAGCACCACACCCAAGGGACUGAGCAGCCCCAGAUCCUAACCAUGCUCCAGUCCAGGGUUUACCAAACACACAAGUCCAAGCAACAGCUGCGUUUCAAACAUGUUUUAUUUACAGUGGUUCCAGGUGUCUUGGUUUGAUCAUUUCAUAACGCAAUGAAACAAAAUAAAUCCUA